UGUGAGUGGGUGUAGGGAAAGUGAACGUUAGCUCAUUUCUGUGAUGGAGAAAACGAAAGUUAAAGGAUUCCGCUUCUCCUUUAUACUUCUAAUCGCACCGUUUUCUUACAUACGUUUUUAAAAAUUGGACUGAUUUAAUAUUUGAGGAUCGGGGACAUUACAGCUUACAUCCGUGUCAGUGUUGCGCUGGUUUCACGCUGAAACAUUAUACGCACAGUAUACAGAGACUGACCACGAUGAGUUCAACACAAGACAGAGUUUUGAAAACCAGACUUCUUCAGCUGGAAUGCCAUUUCACUUGGGCUCUGAAUAAAAAUGAUACAGAUCUCACAGAUCUUAUGACCAGGCUAAAAGAACAGCUUAACCUAGAUCUUGGUAGAGAGACAGGAGUCCCACGCACAUACAGCUAUAUGGGAUUUGUAAAGUUUCUACUAGGCUCUAAUGCUGAGGCACUUAGCUAUUUUGAGAGAUCUGUAGAGCUCACUUUGUCUCAAGGAAAUGACUGUGACAAGCUGCUUGUUGUUGUCUAUGGGGACCUUGCAUGGUUACAUUAUCAUAUGGGCCAUUUUACAGAGUGUGAAAGCUACCUGAAUAAACUGAGUGAGAUUAAAAAUAUAUAUCCAUCUAUUCCAUAUGCUGAAGUGCUUGGAGAGAAGGGAUGGACCUUUCUUAAAUUUUCUCGCAAAUAUUAUGAGAGGUCUAAAGUCUGCUUCAGUGAGGCCCUAAAACUCGACCCUGAUAACAGUGAAUGGAAUACCGGCCUUGCAAUUGUUCUUUAUCGAACAGAGUAUAUUGACCAACAUUCAGUGGCUUCAAAUGCAAUUGAUCAACUUAGACGAGCCAUAGCCACUAACCCAGAUGAUAACGUUCUUAAGGUUUUGCUUGGUCUAAGAUUGUCUGUACUAAAGAAAUACCAGGAGGCAGAGAGUCUAGUAGAGCAAGCCUUAGAGAGGUCUCCAGAACAUCCUCAUGUGAUUCGAUAUGUUGGGAAGUAUUUACGGGAUCAAGGCUCUGUGGACAGGUCUAUUGCCCUGCUCAAAAGAGCAUUAGAGAAAGUGUCCAACAAAGCCUUUAUACAUCAUCAGCUGGGACUCUGCUAUAAAAAAAAGACUGUGUAUCUAAAAAGAGCAGGAAGUCACCAUACAAAAAGUGCAGAAAUUAAGCGAGCACAAGAGCAAUGCAUUUACCACUUGGAGAAAGCAACUGAACUGAAGCCCAGCUUCAUUCUUGCUAUGGGUGAACUGGCCCUGCAGUAUGGGGUAAACAGGGAUUUGACAAAAGCAGAAGAAUUAUUCCAGAAUGUAUUAAAGGUGGCUAAAGAAAAAAAUGACAACUACCAGUCUGUUCUUCUGAAUUAUGCGGUAUUCCAGCAAUACAAUGUGAGAUGUGAGCCUGCUGCUCUCAAACACUACAUUGAAUGUCUGAAGAUAAAUCCAAAUCAAUAUGAAGGGAAGAAAAGUGCUCAAAAACUGAAAGACAUUUCAAAGAGAAGAAUUGAGAACAACCCAAAAGAUGGAGAAGCCUUUGGAAUACUUGGAAUCGUUCAUAAGGAAGAAGGAGAAAAACAACAAGCCAUAGAGUACUUUGAGGAAGCGUUAAGCUAUGUAGACAAUGAGGAUUACCUCAGAGAGCUUUGUGAACUUAGGCUUUCAUUGCAGUAAUAUUACCAAUGUGUAAUAUGAUACACAUAUAGCUAUUGAUAUAUUCAUGAGGUUAAAUAGUGAUGUGGUUCUCUAAUAAUAUACUGUGGAUGAGAUUCUAAGAUUAAUGUUUUGUAAUUCCAAAUCAGUAGUUCAGUAUUAAUUGAAGUAAUGGAAUAUGUGUAAUGUUUUACUCACUAUUAGUAUUUAAUUUUUUGCUAAAGUCUGUCCCACAAUUUCAAGUUUAAAAAAUAUUUUUUUUCUGUAAAUGUAACAAAAGCACUUUUAACUGUUUUAUAUUGAAAUAAAUAUAUAAAAUGACAUUAAUUAUGGAUAUCUAGUAAUAUAGUAGCACAGCUGUUUGCCAUGUUUUACAUGUACAAGACAUGUAUACUAUGCACUUCGCAAAUUUGUUACUGUAACUAAAGGACUUUCAACUGUUUUAAUAUUGAAUUAAAAAUAAAAUGUAAUAAA